AUGCUGGACUGGAUGAAGGGGAACGAAGGUGCCCAAGCUCCAGAUGAUUCCAAAUUGCUAGAACCUCCUGAGACCCCCGGUCAUGUCUUCGCGAUUCGAGCGUUCAAGAGCGCGAUUUUUGGUACCCCCGGGGCCGAGGAAGAACCUGAAAACAACGCGUCCCUACCAAAACAAUCCGACCACCAACGAAGCAAGAGUGAUUCGAUCAAAUUAGCGCCACCCGAGCUUAAGCCCGACGUGAAGCCAGCCGACGACGCGACUGCUAACCCCUCGGGUUCUCCCACGAAAAGCAUACUAGUGACACCUGGAACUGCCUUGCGUCGCAAAACCGUCUCUUUUGGUGAAAGUGUCGUCGAUAACGAGGGGAAGCGACCUGGGUCAGCGAGUAAGCCUGUCAAGACUCCACCAAACCCUUCUGGAAACAUCAGUACCCAGUGGAUGUCUGGAUCCUCGGAUGGCAGUGGGAAGCCACGCAGUAAACUCACCCAAACCCUCAUGAACGCGCGCGACAACGCUUCCAAGAACUCGGACACUGCCAAGACCGAUGAAAGUACAGACAAACCCAGCACCUCUACGAUGGAAGUUCUCGACAACGAAGAUAUCACUAUGAACCUAGAAGACCCGCAUUCGGAGUCUGGUAAAUAUUGGAAGACAGAAUUCGACAAUUACCGUGUUAAGACCAACCGCGAGAUCAAGAAGUUGAUCCAUUACCGGUCGAUUGCCAAGUCUUACGCUCGUAAGAAGGAUUCUGAGGCCAUGCGACUAGCCGAUAAACUGAAAGAGGAGGAAGAGAAAGUUGCGGAGAUGGAGAGACAGGUUUCUCGACUUGCCUCUUCUAUGGUUGGCCAGGAGUCUACCAGCGACAAGGAGCGUUUGGUCCAAGACCUGACCAAACAGACGGCACUUGCCUUACAAUACAAGCAGCAGGUCACUUCUCUGCGCCACACUUUGGAGAAGCAUGAUGUUGUAAGCGAUGCCGCAACUGUUGCAGAGAAAAAGAAAGAAGCGUCUCCGCCAACCGACCAGUCCGACGAGCUUCACAAGACACAGCAGGAGCUUAAACAGGCCAAUGCUAAGAUCGAGGAGAUGCAGCGUCAGCAAUCAGAGCUCAACACCCUGCAGAACCUGGCCCAGAGCUCAGAGAAGAAAGCGCAUGCAUUGGAACAGGAAAACAACACUCUCAAGCAAACGUUAGCUCGAGUCAAGCAAGAAAUGUCACGAUACGAAGGGCGACGCAAGGAAAAAGAAACAAGACUGAAACAAAGGGAGGCUAAACUGGAGCUGCGCAUCCAGGAGUACAGAGAGAAGCUCAAAACCCUCUCUCAGGACCAUCGUGAAUCGGAGGAUAACUUGAGAAACACCUGUGACGCAGAGCGUCGCCAGAUGCAGAAGCAAAUCGAUCUUCUGAAACUCAGACUAGGUCCUGGUGAACGUUUUCCAGCAUUGCCGUCUACUGAACGGCAAUUCCUCAGUCCCCGCAAAGACCACACCGGCGUCCAGACAUUCGAUUUUGCUGGCCAGGAUCAUGAUGAUGACGCACCAGAGGAAGAGCCCACUGAUGACAUUGAAGCCCCACCAAGCCCAAGCCCACGCUCCAAGGUCCGCGAGCCGCGGCCUACUCUGCGAAGCGCCACUAUGGGCACCCUUGGAACUAGACGCAGCGCACAAGAGGUAGCCGCCGACGACGACGAAGUCACACAUUAUCUAAACAAGAUCCUGCCCAAGCCACGCCAUGGAACUCAUAUUGAGGGCCCGGUCCAAGUCCCACCUUCAUCGCCCCCGGACAUCUCAGCUCUCAAAUCCCUGAACCGGACUUUCUCAAGACGGCGACUCGGGGAUGGCCAGCGUUCCUAUCGCUCUUUGAACAUCACUGGGGACGAUGAUACUAGACUCAGCAACAAGCCCGCACAUCGUGAGCGCCCCCAUAUCAAAACCACCCUGGAUUCUCUCUCCGACUUGCCCCAUCGCACCCGAUAUCCAGGGUACACCAUUUCCACCGGCGAACGAGUGGGUAAGAGACACUCGGCGCCCGCUGAACAGCGCGACGCUCUCACCCCCGAACGAUUCGCAGCAGCGAAAUCGCGACUCAGGCAGCGGAAAGCCCUUGGAAAGGAGAAUGUAUGA